UUUUAACUCCGCUGUGGUUCUUUGUCAGUUAACCGAUAUCGAAGAGAAGAGUGUCACUUAUAUUUGUAUCAUUGUCCUCUGGCCUGCAAAGGAGCGGCGAAAGCAGAACGCCUGGUUCACUCACAGGUAGAUGUCUCCACUCCAGGCGAAAGCUCAGCGACGGGUGUCGUCCACUUCCCCUGCCGAAUUCGCCGAAACACAUGGCGCCAUUUUGCUGUAUGAACAUCUGCAACGAAAACAACCCGAGUAUUUCUCGGUUCCUGUGUACAUGUGAUUAGCAGGACGCGGUGGUGUUUUGUUCUGUGCGAAAGGAUCACGGAAGAUGUAGGAUACGCUGCCGGGCUGCUAGUUCGUGUACCAUUCUCCAGUGAACCGCAUGGCUUUUCUCCGCCAGUCUGAAUUUAGUACCUUUUUCCAAUCCUUCAUGGUGGAAAUCAGCUGCAGGUAUAGGGCACCAGCUGGUGGAGGGAAGGUUUCAUUUAUAUCAAGAAGCGCGGUGCCAGCCUGACAGUCAAGUAACUACAGAAAUCGCUUUUAUCACGACAGUGCAUUGCUGGUGAUUCGUAACGUGAACUGUUGUUUCCUUGCACGCUUUUGUGUCUUUCUGCAACUGACACAACCGUCCUGUCGUCGCCCUAGAUUGUGGGAGAUAUCCGUGUUUGCCAGUGGUCUACAUUCACCGAAUGCGUUGCAACGCAACGUCGAGAAAGGCAUCUUUCAACGACAGCUCCACACACUCUUGGGAGUCCGGUUUUUUCGGAGAUUCGUCUGACAACAGAAUUGACUAAAAGUCCGGUUAUACACCAGGGACAGGAUCUGCGUUUCCUGCACACGAACGCAAACUGUAUCCUUAGUAUCCCGUUUCCGCGCGUCCUCUGGUAAACGUGGCCGCCAUGGCGAUUGGCCCUCUUGGAAGAAUUCUUGCUCAGUUCGUCGUGGUGGCUGGCUCCGCCGUCGGCAGAGCUGUUGUACAGGCCUACAGAGACGCGGCGAAACGUGGCGCUUUCAAUGCGACUGGUGCAGCUGGGCGUCAGUCCCUUACUCUUCGUUCCAGAAUGUCGGCGGACGAAGCCCGUCGGAUCCUCGGUUUAGAUUCUUCUGGUUCAUCCUCGGCUCCGCUUUGUCGCCAGGACAUCGAAGCUCGGCAUAAGCGGCUGUACGAGAUCAACGCGCCGUCGGGGACGUUUGCGGGUUCGCCAUAUUUGCAGAAGAAAGUCAAUAUCGCAAAAGUCAUAUUGCUGGAGAAACUGGAAGAAGAUCAACGAGCGACCACCAAAGACAAGAACAAAGAUCCACAGAAGUGAUACACGAAACAGAUGUGCUCUCCCGGUUGUUACGUUGUCAGACAAAAACUGUGGGAAAUGGCGCAGGAGAACCCGCCGUAUUUCUUGCGUUUCUCUUCUUUUCCACCGCCGCAGCGUUGGCGACCUGCGCUUACUGAGUACUCAUCUAUAUUUUAAGGGUUUAAACUGCCUUCAGAUUGUUUUACUCGUAGGCUGUCAACAUUGUUCGUUCCGUUACUGCCACCUCGACUUGUUACCUGCUUGCACUCUUUGAGGAAUGACUUCCGAGUGACUGGGUUCGUGGCGCUUGCUCAAAAACCUUUCCCCAAGCGCUCACCGAGCUUGAGCGCGGACGUUUCAGCGGUUGAUUUGUUGUUCUUGUGUCGUGCACUGAGGAACGACCAUAAUUUGCCAGUGAGAAAGCCUGAGUCAUUUGGCAUGUCACACGUGGUGGCAGCACACCUGGGACUUUACUAGUGUGGGUGACAGCAGAGGUUUCAUGCGACUUGCUUAGUGAGCAAGGUGGAAGAAACAUACACACAAAGUGUCUUUUCACUCAUGAAUUGAAGGAUUGACGGCCUCUGAAGUACUACGGGGUUAUACCCAAGAAAAUGAGAGAGCUGAGUAAUAUUACAGGAUACUGUAGCACUAUGGCGUUCUUAGGCGACAUGCGAAAGACGCAGAAAGCGCAUGAUACUUGUAGUUGUUGUUACACCGGCAAUCGAAACAUGUGUGUCUUCGAUAUCACGAGGAACUCGAUGCGCUUGGCGCAUCAGUGGAUGCACCUUUGAAAGACGAUCACGAAGUGUAAGUCAUCCGUUGGGCGCAGGAGUCUUGGAGUUUACGCGCAGUCAUGUGUUGAUCAACGUGCAUUUGGUUCCGUCGAGACCCGGA